AUGGCCAAGUUUCUAGUCGCCCUUGCCCUCUUGGGUUGCGCUGCUGCCGAACCCCCAGUGGGAUACAGCUACUCCGCCCCCUCAUCGGUGAUCUCUGGCGGAGGUAUCAGCGGUGGCAGCGGACAUUACUCAUCAGUCCCCAUCGGUCACCAAGAAAGCGAAGGCUACCACGUCGACCCUCAUCUCCUCUAUAAAAUCAAGAACAUCAUCUUGAGGGAUGAGAUCCAAAACCAAGGCUCCAGCGGUUUCAGCGGCUCCCACGGCAUUUCUUCCCACUACGGUCCCCCUGCCCCAGUCUACGGUGUACCCCACGACAGAAUCGUUGGCAUUGAGCUCGACCAUGUUCAACAGGCUAUUCAAGUCGCUCAGUACCACCAAGCUGAAGAAGGCUACGCCAGUGGCUAUGCUGGUGGAUAUUCUGGCUACUCCAGCGGCGGUCAUGGAUACUCAAGCGGUGGUGGCCAUGGAUUCUCCACCAUCGGAAUUCCCUCCGGAUCUUACGGCGUCCCCGUCCCCUCCUCUUCCUAUGGACACCCCCACUAA